UGAAGAUUGGACAGUAGCUCUGGAACUUGUCGACAUCUUCCGACCGCUCGGUGGUUUUUCGAUUUUCUCAGGAGGUUUGGCGAUUCCGACUUUUGAAGAACGCAUAGCGAAGGCAAAGGUCUCUUGAUGCUCCUCCGAUAGCGCAAUCACUGUCAUCCCGUCGUCAUAAUGGUUUUGAGCUGUACGGCAAGGGCACUGAAGUUUUCUCUAUUCGUUUUCAAUUUGGUCUUUCUGUUCUGCGGCCUUGUAUGCGUAGGAAUUGGUACAUGGUUAGUUCUCGACAAAUAUGCAAUUGAUAAUCUUGCCUUUGCCACAGCUCAAAUUCAAGGCUACGAGCAAGAUGCCGGCCUCAGAGAUCUGGCUACAAAACCUACUGCAGUUCGGCAGAUCGGGUACUUGCUAUUAGUUGGUGGCUUACUCGUCAUAUUCGUCGCAUUUCUUGGUUGCUGCGGAGCGGCAAAAGAAUGGAGACCUCUGCUGUGCUGUUAUGCCACGUGCCUCAUGGUCAUCCUUGCAACUGAAAUUGCAGCUGCGAUUUAUGCCGCUAUGCACAGUCACAUGUUCGAAAACGACUUCCGGGAGAUUCUGCGCGCUUCAUUACGUCUAUAUAAUGGUACUGAUAGUGUGAGAGAAAACCAACGUGAUGGUAUGCUUAUGAAGGCAGCAUGGGACAAGCUGAUGCUAGAGAAAUCGUGCUGUGGAGUUGAUUCCAAAGUUGGAGAAUUCAAAGAAUCCGGCUGGUACCAAAUAACAAAAGGACGUUAUGCGUUCCCGCCAGCAUGCUGCCCUCCGGAUGCGAAUGGGAAGCUCAAGUCUGUAUGCAAUCUGAUAUCGCGGCAUCCCGAUGGAUGUUAUGCGAAAAUCGCCGAGUCAUUCCAAGAGCUCACAUCACAUUUCAAAAUUGUGUCGUGGACUGUCGUGUUGAUUGCUUUGAUACAGGUGUUUGGAAUUAUUGAAACGGGCUGCGUAGUUCACAUGUAUCACCUCAAUCGACUUCAGUUUUCUGCAACACUCGGCAUUAUUGUUGUUCUACUUGUUCUUCAGGUGAUCGGAUGUGUUCUGGCGUGUACAUUGUGCCGACGCGUUCGCAUAGAAAUGUUAUAUUAUUAUUGAGUGUAAAUUAUGGUGUUAUAUAAAGG